GGUGCCGUGCCCGCGCCUCCGCGGGGCUGAGGGGCCGGGCGGCGUUCAGUUAUGAAGUCUGGGUAGGACUUCUCCCUCAGCGACGCGGCUCGCGAGCUGUCCCGCGGCCCGGCUUCCAGGUGAUUUGACACGAUGCUGCUCUCCAUAGGGAUGCUCAUGCUGUCGGCUACACAAGUCUACACCCUCUUGACCGUCCAGCUCUUUGCCUUCUUAAACCUGCUGCCUGUAGAGGCGGACAUUUUAGCUUAUAAUUUGGAAAAUGCAUCUCAGACAUUUGAUGAUCUUCCAGCAAGAUUUGGUUAUAGACUUCCAGCUGAAGGCUUAAAGGGUUUUCUGAUCAACUCAAAACCAGAGAAUGCUUGUGAGCCCAUAGCACCUCCACCACUAAAGGACAAUUCAUCUGGCGCUUUCAUCGUGCUAAUUAGAAGACUUGAUUGUAAUUUUGAUAUAAAGGUGUUAAAUGCACAAAGAGCAGGAUACAAAGCAGCGAUAGUCCACAAUGUUGAUUCUGAUGACCUCAUUAGCAUGGGAUCCAACGACAGUAAGUACAGGGGCCACAUUAUCCUGGUUCCAGAAUUCAGCCUUCCUCUGGAAUACUAUUUAAUCCCUUUCCUCAUCAUAGUAGGCAUUUGUCUCAUCUUGAUAGUCAUAUUCAUGAUCACAAAAUUUGUCCAGGACAGACAUAGAGCUAGAAGAAAUAGACUACGUAAAGAUCAACUUAAGAAACUUCCUGUACACAAAUUCAGGAAAGGAGAUGAGUAUGACGUCUGUGCCAUUUGUUUGGAUGACUAUGAAGACGGAGACAAGCUCAGAGUCCUUCCCUGUUCCCAUGCUUACCACUGCAAAUGUGUAGACCCUUGGCUCACUAAAACCAAAAAAACCUGUCCCGUCUGCAAGCAGAAAGUUGUUCCUUCUCAAGGUGACUCAGACUCUGACACAGACAGCAGUCAAGAGGAAAACGAGGUGUCAGAGCACACGCCCUUGCUGAGACCUUUGGCUUCUGUCAGUGCUCAGUCAUUUGGGGCUUUGUCGGAAUCCCACUCUCAUCAGAACAUGACAGAGUCUUCAGACUAUGAGGACGAGGACAACGAAGAUACUGACAGCAGUGAUGCAGAGAACGAGAUCAACGAGCACAGUGUUGUGGUCCAGCUGCAGGCCAAUGGGGACCGGGAUUACAACAUAGCCAACACGGUCUGACUUUUGGAGGUGACUGGUUGAUUUAUUUCCCUUGAAAUGUUUACUUAGGUAUGUAAUUUGAUUUUUUGCUCCCUUUAGAGGUUUCUGUAGAAUUAACUUAUUUUCUAGCGUUCUAGUUUAAUCAGAUUACUGAAACAGGCUUUUGAUCGGUACUUAUCUGCAGGAGUGUGCUUCCUUUCACUAAUAACAGACUGGUGCUGUCACUCAGGCAUCAAAUGAGCUCUUUGGGGAUGAAAUUUARCCAAAACAUUAAAAAAAAAUCUCAAUAUAGCUUGCAGUUAAGACAUAGAUCACAGUAUGCAAAUGUUUUGUGCUUUACACAUGAAGUCAGUCCUGCAGCCAUCUAGCUCAAGCUAAGCCAACUCUCACCUCCACAAACAGUUACAAGUAGGUUGAGUUGGAAUGUGUAUUUUGGUGUUCCUUCAGAUCGCCAUCAUUAGUGAGAUGCAACAAAGUAACUUAGUAUUUUUCCUUCUGUCACCACAAACUCUGAAGCUGUUUUUUGCUUUCCUAUUCCCAAGUAGUCUGAUCCUGAUAGGAAAGUCUAUAACUAGUGCAGAUUUUAAGUUUUUUUUUUUAAGGGUUUAAUACUAUAGUGUUAUGUACAAAUUUGAAUCAACAGUGAAGGUAAUGUCUCUGGACUUUACUUACUGGAUUUCAGUAUCCUUAAGGGUUUUGUGAUCAAAGCAAAAGAAAACGCUGCAUAAAAAUACCAAACUUAAGCAACUAUUAACUCAGAUCAUAUACCUCUUAAUAAAGAGCAUCUUAUGCUAACUAGCCCUGCGAAACUAUGUACAGAGAGAUUGUUCAAGUAUUGAAUUCGAAAAUAAGUGCUUAUGUUUAACAGAACUAAUGUAUUGAAACAAUGUAUUAUGAAAAAGUAAAUUAUAUUAUAUAUCACUGUAACUAUAUGUAGAAAAUAUAGACUUCUGUAUAAUCAAGACGCUAAGAAUUUUUAUACAGCCUUGUAUGAGAGGUAUUUGAAUGUUAAUAAACAUGUUUUCCACUUUAAGAAUAAGUAGAUGUUUGUUCUGCUGUGCUACUACUUACCACAUUAGCCUUAUUUACAUGCCCAGUACUGUAAAACUAAAGGGAUAAUGACUGAGAUCCAAUCAACACACAUCACUUAGAACGUUGUAUAGUGUGAUGCUACCAGCAUUUAGGUUAAUCCAUGAAAACACUAAAACCACAGCCAAAAAUCAUUCCAAAAAUUAAGUGUAUAUUAUGGYAAUGAUAUAAACUAUGUGCAUCUUUGCAAUAGACAUACCUACCAACAUGGGAAACUACAUAAAAUCAUGUUGUAGAAUAAUAAAUACAAUAUAAAUAACAAGCCUUUUAUUAAAAAWUAUGCAUUUUUAAGCAAAUUUAACACUAGGGAGAAAUUUCACUUUCUGAAUUAUUUUUAUUUAAAGAAAUUUUCAUAAUCCGCAAAACCCAUAACCUCCAAGUGUUCACUUUCAAAAGUAAAAGGUUGAAUUCAGUAUGUACUGUCUGGAUAUUACCUUAUCCUGAGAAGGAGGACAUCUACAGAUUUACCAGGGUGGUUAAGCAGAGGUUGGAAUGUGGCGUAACUGUAUGACCCUGGUCUUUUUAAACCUGUUCUAUAGUGUGUAACUCUGUAUUAGAUAUGGUAUUCUUUUAUUAGUUAUUAACCCAAAAUUCAGAUGAAGGACAUGGUUUAAGUUUUUCUGGAUCAAUUUUUUUUUUGAAAUUUCAAAUUAACUUUAGUUGUAAAAAAAAAAAAAAUGUGUGCAGUGUCUUAACAGCAUUGGCUAGGACUGUUACUUGUUCUUUUAAUAUCUAUUUGAAAUCUUCUAUAAUUUCAGUGUAUGGAUUAAGUUUUUUGAA